UACAAAAACCGUUUUCGCGAACUUCCUAUAAAAACAGUUUCCGACCAGGAUUAGGAGAUCAGUCAGAUUUGGUGGCGAGGCGUUGGAAAAGUGAUCAUGAAAUCCGGUGCAGUUUUUCUAGUGGUUUUUGUAGCCAGUUUUUUCCAUGCGGAUCGAUGGUGCGAAGCUGGGAAAACUAGCUCCAGCUCGAAGUGUGAAAAAUCUCUGACGACGGCUAGUGGAUCGAAAGCUUCCGGUGGACCCUAUUGUACUGGCGAUUUGAUCUUUGAGGAUACAUUUGAUAGUCUGGAUCUGGACACAUGGCAGCACGAGAACACUCUAGCCGGAAGUUCGGAUUGGGAAUUCCAGUGGUUCACGAACAACCGCUCGAAUUCGUACGCGAAAGAUGGCAAUCUCUACAUUCGCCCCACGCUUACGGUGGACGAGUACGGCGAGGCGUUCAUGCGAUCCGGGGUGCUUAGCUUGCACGGGAGUUCCCAAGCCGAUCAUUGCACCAGACAGCGUUUCUUUGGUUGUGAGCGAACUGGCAGUCACGAGCAGGUGCUGAACCCGGUUAAAAGUGCCAGCCUCAGGACGGUGGAAUCUUUUGCUUUUCGCUAUGGGAAGGUCGAGAUCAGCGCGAAACUGGCCGCUGGAGAUUGGAUGUGGCCGGCGAUUUCCUUCAUGCCUAAGGUGAAUGCCUACGGGGGUUGGCCAGCUUCCGGGGAGAUUGACCUGUUGGAGUCGAAGGGAAAUCGGGAGUUGAUCAGGAAUGGGAUCAAUGUCGGUAUUGAGCAGGUUACCUCGAAGUUGCAGUUUGGCCCGGACGAGGGACACAAUGCCAAGUCUACGGUUACUUUCACGAGGAAUUCGGACUCCGGGAAGGGAUAUCAUACCGGGUUCAAUAGGUACCAGAUGGAGUGGACUCCGGAUCAUGUGACGUUCAGUAUCAAUGACAUUGAAACGGGAACGGUCAAGGUUGGAACCGGAUUCUGGGCUAAGGGCAAUUUCGACAGCUCUUAUCCGGGCAUGGAGAAUCCCUGGAAGUAUGGAGGUGUAAUGGCCCCAUUUGACCAGGAAUUUUAUCUGAAAAUAUUCCUGGCCAUUGGUGGAGUUGAUAAUUUUCCAGAUGACGACAUUAACCCCACCAAGAAACCCUGGACCUCGAGUUCAGUCAAUCCAAUGACCGAUUUCUGGAAUGCCCGUAACGAUUGGUUACCAACGUGGGAUUUGGACGAGAGCGAUACCAAAGAUGGGGUUAUGCAGAUUGACUAUGUCCGGGUUUGGGCCCUCUGAAGAUUACCUUUUACUUUUUAUUCCUACCGCUUCAAGUAGUUUCAAAUAACAAACACCAAUUAUCAGCCAACUUUCGGAAAAGGUUCUAUUUCAAUGAUCUGGUGCGGUUGAUCUUUGACCGGAAUUCCCAUUAUCAGUCGAGAUUGAAAUUCGUGACCGGUGUCAAGUUGUAUGCACUCGUAAAUAAAUUGAACCUUCUGGAAU